GCCGGCACCUCCGGGCCAGCCCCGCAGCUGGGAAAAGGGGCUUUGCACCCGCCGGCGCUCUUUGUCCCCGCGCGGCCCCCGUCCACGCCCUGCGGCUGCUCUGCGGGCCGAAAAGUUUCUCCAGGUGCAGAAUUCCGGGCUCGGCUACAACUUGCGCGAAGUGUGCGCACCUGUCGGAGGCCCGCCAGCCCGCCCGGGCCGCGCUCUCAUGUGUGAAUCUGUGUCUGGUGCAUCCUUAACCUAAGGACUCCACCAGUUCGAAGUUACAGUUUUCACCAUCAACUACCUUAUCCUUUUUGGUCUGGUUUUCUUCCUCAAACAGUGGAAACAUUUUUAAAGUUGCUUUUGUUGCAGAGUUAAACAAAUGGCUGAUAGUGGCUUAGAUAAAAAAUCCGCAAAAUGCCCUGACUGUUCAUCUGCAUCUCAGGAAGAUGUACUUAGUGUAUGUUCCAGCAAAACAAGCGUUCCUUCAAUUUUGGUGGUGGAAAUGUCACAGACAUCAAGCGUUGGUAGUACAGAAUCUUUAAUUUCACUGGAGAGAAAAAAAGAAAAAAAUAUCAACAGAGACAUAACCUCUGGGAAAGAUUUGCUCUCAAGAACCUCAAAUGUAGAGAGAAAAGCAUCUCAACAACAUUGGGGUCGGGGCAACUUUACAGAAGGAAAAGUUCCUCACAUAAGGAUUGACAAUGGAGCUGCUAUUGAGGAAAUCUAUACCUUUGGAAGAAUAUUGGGAAAAGGGAGCUUUGGAAUGGUCAUCGAAGCUACAGACAAGGAAACAGAAACAAAGUGGGCAAUUAAAAAAGUGAACAAAGAAAAGGCUGGAAGCUCUGCUGUGAAGUUACUUGAACGAGAGGUGAACAUUCUGAAAAGUGUAAAACAUGAACACAUCAUACAUCUGGAACAAGUAUUUGAAACACCAAAGAAAAUGUACCUUGUGAUGGAGCUUUGUGAGGAUGGAGAACUCAAAGAAAUUCUGGAUAGGAAAGGGCAUUUCUCAGAGAAUGAGACAAGGUGGAUCAUUCAAAGUCUCGCAUCAGCUAUAGCGUAUCUUCACAAUAAUGAUAUUGUACAUAGAGAUUUGAAACUGGAAAACAUAUUGGUUAAAAGCAGCCUUGUUGAUGAUAACAAUGAAAUAAACUUGAACAUAAAGGUGACUGAUUUUGGUUUAGCGGUGAAGAAGCAAAGUAGGAGUGAAGCCAUGCUGCAGGCCACAUGUGGGACUCCCAUCUAUAUGGCCCCUGAAGUUAUCAAUGCCCACGACUAUAGCCAGCAGUGUGACAUUUGGAGCAUAGGCGUCAUAAUGUAUAUGUUAUUAUGUGGAGAACCACCCUUUUUGGCAAGCUCAGAAGAGAAGCUUUUUGAGUUAAUAAGAAAAGGAGAACUACAUUUUGAAAAUCCAGUCUGGAAUUCCAUAAGUGAUAGUGCUAAAAGUGUUUUGAAACAACUUAUGAAAGUAGAUCCUGCUCACAGAAUCACAGCUAAGGAACUACUAGAUAACCAGUGGUUAACAGGCAAUACACUUUCUUUGGUGAGACCAACCAAUGUAUUAGAGAUGAUGAAAGAAUGGAAAAAUAACCCGGAAAGUGAUGAGGAAAACACAACAAAAGAGAAGAAUAAUCCGUCCACUAAAAAAAAGUUGAAAAGUUACCAACGCUGGGGAAAUGUUCGUGAUGCCAAUUAUAUUUCAGAUGAAGAGGAGGAAAAACAGUCUACUGCGUAUGAAAAGCAAUUUCCUGCGACCAGUAAGGACAACUUUGACAUGUGCUGUUCAAGUUUCACCUCUAGCAAACUCCUUCCAGCUGAACUCAAGGAAGAACUGGAGAAAACCCCUGUAACUCCAAGCCAAGGAACAGCAACCAAGUACACUGCUAAAUCCACGAUCCUGUCUAGAUCCCAAAAGAAACUCUAAGGUUCCCUCCAGUGCUGGACAGCACAAAAACAAACUGCUCUUGUUAGCACUUUGAUGAGGGGUAGGAGGGGAAGAGGACAGCCCUGUGCCGAGCUUGUAGCCUUUUAGCACUGCAGAGCCCUGCCAUGUGUUUGCACCAGCUUAAAAUUGAAGCUAGUUAUUGCCAAAGCAGCGUAAGCUGCAUGUGGCAUUAAAGGACAGCCACCAGUGGGCUUGGCAGUGGGCUGUAGCUGAAAUCAACUCAAGAUGUAUGCAAAUGUUUUAUAGGAGGGCAGAUAUCCUCAAUUCAAGACUCUGGGCACACUUGCUCACUUUUACUUCAAAUUCUUAUGUUUAGGCGCAGUUAUUUAUAGGGGAAAACGAGAGGCCAAAUAUGGUAAUGGAGGUUCCAAAUAAUUAUGUGCACUUUGCACUAGAAGAGUUUGUUAGAAAAUACUAAUAAACUUGCCAUAGGUAUUCCAGCAGAAGUGCUUCAGUCAUUCACCUGUGUUUGUGAGAUUUUAGGUUGCUAUAGAUUGUUUAAGACAACUUACUUUAAACGUAAAAAAUAGGAGAUUUUGUAACUGCUUGCCAUUAACUUGCUGCUAAAUUCCCAAAGUAUUGAUUGAAUCAAUAAAAAACAGAUGUUACUCAGCA